GUGGACUUAUUUUCCCAUGCUUGUAGUGGACCUUACCUCUAGCUGAGCGGGCUACUCUCGCGUCGUCUCGGCUAGGUGGGCCGAGAAAAACCGAGCCCAUACGCGUGAGUUUUAAGAAACCUUCCUCGUGUUCGAUUCGGAUCAAAUCCAGUACCCUAUAAAUCAACCAUCGAGAACAAGAGAAAAAAACAAACCCUAACUAACACCCCGAUAUCCAAUAUGGAUACGCCGCCGCCGAUGCAAUCUGACGCGGCGGCGCCGGCCGCCGUCGUCGACUACUCCAACCUCACGACGGACCUGGUCAUCGACAUCCACGGCCGCCUCGCGUUCGUCGACCGCCUCGCCGUCGGCGCGGUCUUCGGCGCCGCGGGACACGCGGUGAAGCCGGAGGCGCCAUGGCUGGUCCUCCCCGGCGACACCCCCGAGACGAGCCGUCUCUACUCCGUCGCCGACAGGCGCGUCGCCGCCACGCGCGCCCCGGACCCGGCGAUGCGCGGCUGCUGCGUCGUCGGCUCCUCCGGCGGGUGGGUGGUCACCGCCGACACGAGGGCGCGGCUGCACAUGGCGAACCCGGUCACCGGCGAGCAGCACGAGCUCCCGGCGAUCACGACGUGCCCCUUCUUCUACGUCACCAACCCGACGUGGCCGCUCUUCCACGUCAACAUCCUGCAGGACCAGCUCAUCCGCGUCCGCCACGGCGGCGGCGAGAAGGUCCCGGCGGCGAGGCUGCCGCUGUGCACGCUCGUCGCCGACCAGAUGCGCGGGUGGGUGUACCGCAAGGUGGUCCUCUCCACCUCGCCGCGGCCGGGCGCGUACGCCGCCAUGCUCCUCCUCGACGUCGACCGCCACCGGGGCAACCCGGCGUUCGCGACGUCCGACGACCCGGCGUGGCGGGUUGCCCUGUCGCCGGACGGCGUCGAGGACGCCAUCCACCACCGCGGCAAGUUCUACUCCAUCACCUACUCCGGCGUCGUCGAGGAGUGGGACCGCCGCGGCGUCGACGGCGUGUUUACCAGCAGGGCGGUGUCGCGGAAGCUGCCGGCCAUCACCGACGGCGGCGGCGGCCACCACCACCGCAGGUACCUCGUGGCGGCGCCGGGGGGCGGCGAGCUGAUGGUGGUGACGAAAUCCUUCAAGGUGGUGGAGAUCGGGGAGCGCUACAUGGACAGCGAGAGGCGGGUGUGCUUCACGGUGCAGGUGCUCGACGACGGCGACGAGGGGGGGAGGUGGAGGAGGGCGGCGAGCAUCGGGCAGGCGGCGGUGUUCGUCGGAGCGAGCAGCAACUCGGUGUGCGUGUCGACGAAGGCGCACCCGGAGCUCAGGCCGGACUGCGUCUACUUCGCCGCCGACGAGCUGGUCAAGGGCCCCUUCUGCAGGGACGAGGACCGCGGGUUCCACAGCUACCACAGCUGCGACGACAAGAAGAGGGUCGUCGGCGUUUACAGCCUCAAGGACGGCGGCCGGGCGGAGGGGUUGCCGGAGCUCGGGGACCACGCCACCUGGCCGCCGCCGGCGUGGUUCACGCCAUUGAUUUAAUGCAUCGUGCAGCCACAAUUUUGAUUGUUGAUCGAUCGGUUUUUGCAUCAUCCAUGCCCAUGCAUGAUUAUGGUAUGGAUUGCCUAUCGGCCGGCUAAUAUCGUGAAUAAGACUAAUGCUUCCUUCCGUUCCAAUUACACUUUUUUUUGGACAGUUAUAUUUAUGACGUCACAUUUAUAAAAAAAAAGUCUGAUUUUUUAUUGUGUAAUUGCAUAUAAGAUUUAAAAUACUUGUACUAUGUUUUUUGAAGUGCUUAAUUAUAAAUGAGAUAAGAGAU